GUUGUUGAUAUUCAACAACACUGUGCACGUUGCUGUUAAUACUGUGCACCAGCUGCUGUUAAUACUGUGUACCAGCUGCUAACACUACACGUUGCUGUUAAUACUGUGCACCAGCUUGUUAACACUACACGUUACUGUUAACAGCACCGCUGCUAACUGCACCAGCUGCUGUCAACACUGCACCAGCUGCUGUUAACAAUGCACCAGCUGUUGUUAACACUGCACCAGCUGUUGUUAACACUGCAUCAGCUGCCGUUAACGCACCACCGCUGCUAACACUGCAGCUGCUGUUAAUGCAGCACCGCUGCUGUUAGCAUUGCACCAGCUGCUGUUAACACUGCACCAGCUGCUGUUAACACUGCACCAGCUGCUGUUAACAUUGCAUCAGCUGCUGUUAACAUUGCACCAGCUGCUAACACUGCACCAGCUGCUAACACAGCACUGCUGCUGUUAACAUUGCACCAGCUGCUGUUCACAAGUUAACACUGCAGCAAACUUUAUAAAGCUUUAUAACUUUUCCAACUAAAAAUGGAGACAGGAAGAUUAACAAUGGAGGAAUUCCAGUUAGUUAAUAAAACUGACGGCCUAACUAUAUCCUCAAAGAAGAAAAACGUCAAGGAGAGUAAGGCAGCCGAGGCCAGCAUUGCAAAUUGCAAGGUUGAAAUUAUAAGGAUGGAUCCCUUCGAAAUGGAGAUAGACUUCAUUGGCUUUAACAUCUCUCUUGUAAAUGCUUAUAGAAGAAUUAUACUGGCAGAGGUACCAACAAUGGCAAUAGAGAAGGUGUAUAUGUACAAUAAUACCAGCAUUGUUCAAGAUGAAGUUUUAGCACACAGACUGGGCCUUGUUCCUCUUAAAGUGGAUCCACGAUACUUUGAAUUUCGAAACAAAGAGGAAACAGAGUGGGGUGCUCAGGACUCUGUUAAAUAUUCGCUUAAUGUACGAUGUUCAAAGAAUCCUAAAGCAGCAGCUGAUGAGACUAACCCUGACAUUCUCUACCUUAACAGAAAAGUUAUGUCAUCAAGUCUGAAGUGGAUUCCUUUGGGUAACCAAACUGACAUCUUCCAGGAAGCCAAUAUGCAGCCUCUGCAUCAGGAUAUUUUAUUAGCCAAAAUGAACUCCGGCCAUGAAAUAAACUUGGAAGCAUUUGCUGUCAAAGGUAUUGGUAGUGACCAUGCCAAGUUCCAGCCUGGCCUUGCGUGGUAUCGUCUCUUGCCUGAAAUAGAACUGACUCGAGAAGUUGAGGGUGAGCAAGCUGACCUUCUCCAGAAAUGCUUCUCCCCUGGAGUGAUUGAUGUUGUUACUACUCCAGGAGGGAGAAGACUAGCAAAGGUGAAUGAUACUCGAAAUGAUGCCUGCUCCAGAAAUGUAUUCCAGUAUGAUAGCAUCAAAGACUCUGUUAAGCUCACAAGGAAGACUGAUCAUGUGAUUUUUUUUGUAGAGUCACACAGUGCGCUGAAGAGUUAUGAAAUCUUAGAAGAAGCUGUCAACAUCAUGAUUGGCAAGUGUAGCUUGUUGUUAGCAGAAACUGACAAGCUCAUAGAGAGCAGUGCACCAAGCUAAAUAAAUGCUCUGAUUUUUGGUGUGCAUUGUUAAAAAGUAAAAUAAAAAUUAUGUCCAUAUAAUUUUUAAGGAAU